ACAGAGACCCGGAACGUUUUUUCGGGGGGGGGUGUGGGUUCGGGGACGGAUUUCCUGGUGCAACGCAGAGAGAAACGAGAUGAGCGGGAGGUUGAGAGAGGCGACGCUGCGGAUUAUGCAGCAGCACUGCCUUUUUCGAACAAAACCACCUUCCGCUGUGAAUUGGCGAGUUUCAUCUGCACAAGAGCAACACACUUCCUCUGCCGCCGGCCUCGGGGCUCUGUUUCACAUGCAUUCUGCACAGACGGACCCCCUGCUCGAUCGACAGAGAUGUCACAAGACUCCUGUUCACCUCUGAAAGGCACCAGGAGAGAGACUGAAUUCCAUUUUUCCAAGUUAGAGGUUCUCGAAGACCUUCAGCAUUUUGCCGACACCUCUUUUCCAAAGCCGGGCCUCGAUGACUCCGAGUCGGAGAGCAUCAUAAAGUCUGUCCUGGAAUUGGGCUUCAGUGACGCUCAGGUGAAAGAGCUGUUCACAGGUCUCACCGUUAAGUCUCUGCAAAAAAUGUUGCCCGUGCUCCACGUCUUCGGCGACCUUGGGCUAAAGCCAAGCACCACCCUCAAGAUCCUGGGGAAGUGUCCGCAGCUCUCGAGUGCAACAGAGAGCCAGUUGCAGUCGCGCAUUGACAAUUUACGGAAGAAUGGGCUGGGAGAAGGCAGUAUGCAGCGUGUUUUCGCACACUAUCCGCAGAUCCUGACUCUCUCAGUGAAGCACCUGAACAAUACAGUGCGUUUCUUCAAAACCAAAUGCCUUUUCACCGGCCAGCAGGUCACAGAAAUCCUUCGAACUUCACCCAAUGUUCUUUUUGAGGAACUUGGAGACUUGGAGUACAAAUUCCAGUAUGCCUAUUUCCGAAUGGGAAUAAAGCAAGCAGAAAUAAUGAAAUCUGUAACCUUUCGGACAUCACUAGAGGAACUCAAACAACGUCACAUCUUCUUAGAACGGCUGGGUCGGUACCAGACACCAGAUAAAAAGGGUCAGACUCAGAUGCUGAACCCUAAACUAAAAGAAGUUCUUCACAUCAGUGAGGACUAUUUCCUUGCUAAGGUAGCCAUGUCAACUCGGGAGGAGUUUGCCAUCUUUAAAAAACUGCUGAGCCGUGAGGAACCGGAGACCAAGGAGCGUGAGGAAUUGAAUUGGGAAGAUUCAGAAGAAUCAUCAGAGGAUGAAUAUAGCAGUGAUGAAGACAAAAGAUGAAUAAAAAUAAUGAAUCCUUACAUUUGACAUAGCGCUUUUCAUGUCUUCUAAGCGCUUCAUAGAAUAUAUUAAGUGAAUUGACUGUAUAUUUGUGGGCGAAAUGCGGCAGCCAAUUGCGCACAGCGGUGUCCCACAAACUGUCGUAGAUUGAAGUGACCAAUUUUUUUGUUUUCCUGAAGACAAAAUAUCAUAUCAAAAAAUUAAAUUUCAUUUUCUGGCCUGUGACUAGAGCUAAAGGCACCAAACCACAAUGAAUGAGAUAUCUGCCAUUGGAUAUGAAUUAACUCGUACAACAUUUAUGUAAAGAUAAUUACAAUUGCAAAUUCCAGUCAUUGGCCUGGUGCUGAGUUCAAUACUCAGAAAAGGGAAGGAUUUGUUCACUCAGCAUUUUUAAAAAUAAAACCUAGAAAGAUAACUUUUGAUUAUACACGGUACCUGUAAACAAACUCCAGUCACUGAAUAAAACAAGAGUAAUCAAA